UACAGAUGAUGUCGAGUCAGCUACAACACAAGAUACAAUCACUUUUUUAUACAUGUUGUAGGAAAGUGCUCUCAAGUAAAACUGCAGUGGACUACUAAAAGGCACACCAAGAUUGCCCCAGAAAUGGUCUCGUGCAAGUAAUUUCUUAUCAGUAAAAACGUUGAACACAAGAUGACCAGCACCCUGCACAUCUAGACCUGAUCAACGACUGACCACACACCUAAAUAUGAGGCCCUUUUGCAUCUUCAUCACCUGUCUUGUGAUCUUCACCUUCUGCUCACUGACUCAAGUCUGCCAAAGUCUUGAAAACUGCUGCUUGUCUUACCGCAAAAAACAGAUCCCACUACAGCAGAUUGUGCGUUAUCAUAUUACAAGUCCUGAGUGCGACAAGUGUGGAAUCAUUAUCAUUACAAAAGCUCAAAGAAAGGUCUGUGCCGACCCGACAGAGGAAUGGGUUAAGAGAUUGAUGAAGUUACCGGAUUUACUUGCAUUACGUCGUUGCAACAAACAUGAGAGGCCAGUUUCCCCAUCUAAUGUGGGCGCUAACGCAAAGAAUGCAUUGCAGUCAUUUACAACGACAGAGACUAUACUCCAACCACCAGAGGAAACAACUCUAGUCCUCUUUAAAGAGUCACAAGACUGGAAAGGAUCACUCAGAACAACUGAAACUACACCACUAGAGGAAAUGUGUCUGGUGCGCUUAAAAGACUCGCAUGACUGGUCCACUCACUUCUGUAUACAGCCAGGACGAGAAUAACAACAGCGUUUCUUAUCUACAGUGUUGAGACAUCAGGACGAAGGAAACCAUUUGGCUUUUAAAUACAAAUAGGAUUGAGUAGCUGAAAUAAAUGUAUGUGAAGAUGCCAACAUGAAGAGCCCCCCUCCCUUCAUAAAGGUUUUAUUAAAGGAAAAAUGACUAACUAAAUUAAAUCCAUCACACAAAGCAAAGAUAUGUUACUAAAAGGCUCUUUUGAUUGACUGAUGAUAGCUACGUUAGUAGCACGCUGAGGCUGUCAGCAACAUUUGUGAGGAUGAUUGUUACUGUGUAAAACUGUGGGUGUUAACCCUUCCCGUUUAUUUAGUUUUUUUCUUCAGGAAUUACUAGAAAUCUGAUCUUUUUUUCAAUGAGUCUCUCCUUGACUAUUCAAGCAAAUUAUAUUUUCUUCAUGUAAUGUUAACAAUUAUUAUUUAAAGACGUGCCGUACCCUAAGAUUUUUGCAUGUUUUUUUGUUUUUCUUUACUCAUCCCUGUUUAUAUAUACUUUAAUUCCACAAGUUAUUAGUUACAUAAUUAUCCUAUUGAAUGUCAUUUCACAUUUUAUUCCAAAGGGGUUAAAUAAUAAAGAGGGAAAGCAUUAUCCUUUUCCCUCUGCUCAUAGAUGCUGUAAUAAAAGAAAAAACAAGUCUUUUGAUAGCCUGUUAAGAUUUCAA